UAUACGUGUUAAUGGCAGACACAACGUGCUGUUUUCAUGCUCUCAGUGUGCUCCCAUCAAUCGACUCUACUGUUCUCCAAUUAUGGUGGCCACCGGUGGACGUGAUCAGGAAAAGAAUCAGGAGCUGGAUGUGCUGAACCCCACGUCCGCUGUAACUGGACUGCCUCAGAAACGGUACUAUCGCCAGAGAGCACAUUCAAAUCCCAUUGCAGACCACAGUUUUGACUAUCCUGCUCGCCCGGAGGAUAUGGAUUGGCGCUCAUUGUACCCAAACAUCCAACCGGGUGACCAGGUGAGCUUUGCCGACAUUGGAUGUGGAUAUGGUGGGUUUCUAAUUACCUUGGGUGAGAUGUUCCCCGAGACGUUCUCCAUCGGCAUGGAAAUAAGAGUUAAAGUGUCGGAUUACGUCGUGGACCGAAUUGCGGCGCUGCGCCAAAAGAGCUUGUCCACCGGUGAAUGUGCUUAUCAGAACGUUGCUUGCUUGCGUACCAACGCCAUGAAGUAUCUGCCCAAUUACUUUACAAAGGGACAGCUGGAGAAGAUGUUCUUUCUCUACCCGGACCCGCAUUUUAAACGCGCCAAGCACAAGUGGCGAAUUAUCAACCAGGCCCUUCUCUCCGAGUAUGCCUACGUCCUUAGAAGAGGGGGCCUAGUGUAUACUAUGACAGAUGUAGAGGACCUACACAAGUGGAUUGUGGCUCAUAUGGAGGAGCAUCCGCUUUACGAGCGUCUCACCGAAGAAGAGUCGAAGUCCGAUCCCAUUACUCCGAAGCUUUACCAAAGCAGCGAGGAGGGCGCCAAGGUGGUGCGUAACAAUGGUGAUCACUUCCUCGCCAUAUUCAGACGCCUUUAGAACCAAGUAUAUAUUCUCUAUAUAUGUAGACAUUAAUUUAAGAUUGCCGUAAAUUAAAGAUCGGUUGUUAAGACCA